CGAAUGCAUAGACCAUACUAUUACUAAAAUUUAGUAUUAAGUUUAACUAAAUCGGAAUUUCGGUAUGCACAGGUUGUGAAGUAUUAGUGGGGCUUAUUUUUUAAGUGCAUUCGUGCAGAGAAUAUUUAGUCGCCGAUUGGCCGUACUAAAUUGCUAUUUAGUGCUACUUUUCACAACAUGGAAGCUGUAGGACGCAUUGUGGAUGACGAGUUUGUGGAAUUUGUGCGAUAUGCUAGGGAUGUUCCCUACAAUCCGCCGCCUAGAAAGUAUCUUCGAGAUGGGAAUAAUCCAUUGGAAUGUUUUAGUGAUGAAGAGUUUGUGAAACGUUUUCGUUUCACAAAAGAAACUGUAAUUGGUACCAUCGUGCCCCUUGUUGCGGCUGACAAUGGAGAUAAGCGUGAUUUGCCGGUGCCAGCAAUUGUUAAAGUUACCACUGCACUACGCUUUUAUGGUAGUAACAGUUUUCAGAUUGUUUGUGGUGACCUUAUCCACUUGAAUCAAGCAACAGUAAGCAGAAUUAUCAAGGUAACUUCAAAUGAGCUGGCAGGACAUUUGCUGCAGUAUGCACACUUCCCAGGACCAGGAGGUAUUCGUAGUAACCAGAGGAAGUUCUACGAUUUGGGUGAAUUUCCUGGAGUCACUGGUUGUAUUGACUGCACGCACAUCUGUAUUAGUAAUCCUGGUGGCCAGUUUCCUGAGUUGUACCGUAACAGAAAACAGUACAUGUCCUUGAAUGUUCAGGUUGUUGCAGGUCCUAACCUCGAGAUCAUGGACAUUGUAACACGAUGGCCUGGCAGUACCCAUGAUGCCAGGAUAUUUAGUAACAGCAGGGUGAUGGUUAGGUUUGAAAAUCAAGGACUCCCAGGAAUACUUCUAGGAGAUAAUGGGUAUCCACAGUUACCAUUCCUGUACACACCAGUACUGGUUCCAACGACAGCAGCUGAGAUCAGAUACAAUUUAGCUCACAGAAGAACAAGAAACAUUGUGGAACGGUUAUUUGGAGUGUGGAAGAGGCGGUUUGCAUGCCUUGGGCAAAAACUACGAACGAAACUGGCUACUUCAAACAAGGUUAUUCUUGCAUGUGCUGUGCUGCACAACAUUGCGGUUCAGCAUGAAGAGCCUUUGCCACCUCCAGUAGAAGAACUUCGUGUUUUACCCAUAGUGCCAGUUGCAAACUUGCGUCCACGCAACCACCGAGGAGCUGCAAUGAGAGCAAUGUUUAUUGAACGUCAUUUUGUGUGAAUGCAUUACGUAGUUUCCGUGGUUUUCUGUACAUAACUGCUUCAAAUGUAUUUUUUAAUUUUUUUUAAUAGUUUCAGUAGUGAAUUAAUUUUUUUUUAUUUUUCCAGGCACAGUCUAGAACAUGGAAUGUAAUAGGCCUCUUGGGGAAUCUCGCCAUGUAUAUAAAUAUAGGAGAUAACGCAUUGAGCACUAUACCUCCAGAGAGCUUCCUCUAAGGUGAUGUGGAAACUGGUGCAAUGGGUCAAAAAUGUGAGUAAAUGGGUAAGUUUCCUGCAAUGUGUAUGUAAUGAUGUUUAUUUGUUCAGUUUUUUUAUACAAUUGAAAUUUAGUGAAGCUUUUGUUUUCUUUUAACAGGUUUCUGUGUUGUUAAGCGAUUACAUAAAAAAUAUACCUUUUUAAGGUGUCAGUUAGCAGUCUUUAUCCUAACAUUUAUUUAACCACUUUGCAAAUCUUAAGUAUCUAAUAAAACUUUAGCAUUUCAUGAUGUGGGUUAUGUGAGGCCUAUGGGAAUCGGAGAAAUAGUUAAGCCUUAUGUAUAUAAAUGAAAAGUGCAUAUUAUCAAUGAAUUUCAAUGAGUUUUUUUAUUAAUUAUUCAUGCAUAUUAAUGUCGUGAUAGAACAUACCCUAAUUUAACCAGCUGCAUUUCUCAAGCCUCGUAAUUACUGAUUUUAAAAUAAAGUGAUUUGUGUGUUCAUAAUAAUUACCAAGCUAUAUAGAUGCAGAAUAAAUACUUCAACAAGAUUUAUAUUGCACUGAAUAAAGUCUCAAUGAUUUUAAUACAAAAGCAUGUGUGUCUUUUUUCCCCUUUUCCUUGUGCCAAUGUAAGUGUAUUGUGUGGUGUAGGGUGAGAUUUGCUUGGAGACAGACUAGACACACUGACACUGCAGGUAACGGAAAGAUUACUGCUAAAAGGUCCACAGUGAUGAGAGUGAUCACAAUGGAGGAGUGUGUCUGACAAUAUAAUUGGCCAGUGUUCAGCCCUUUUGCAGCAAGUUAAAAAUUUUUAGUAUCCUUGAAACCUGGUUUUCUAAAUAAUGAAAGAAAAAUUGACAAUAGUAGAUACCAGAUACUCUUAGAAUUAGUGUAUGUAUAUAGCAGUAAAAUAAGUUCUAAAAAGUUUUAACCAACUAUCUAGAGAUAUAUAAAUAGCUUAUCACCCUGCUUUCAGCACCAUUUAUUGCUGUGUAUGGUAAAGUUGAGUGAGAGACAAGAGAUCUGUUUUUAGAGAUUAGUGGUCAUAAAAGCAUUGGUUAUGCAAAAAACAAUAAAUUGCUAAUGAGUCCUCUUGGAAUGGUCUGUUGCAAUUUUAACAUUUUUGCAGGUAUUACAAAAUGAUGGAAAGUCGAAAUAAUGUCAAAUAUUUACAUUUAUUAUUAGUCUGAUGUUAGAGUUGUAACUAUGUACACUGUUUAAUGUGCUUAAAAAUUAGCCAAACCUUCCUCUUAUUAUAAAUGUUGUAUGCAUACUGUUAUGCCUUUAAUUGUCUAUUUUGCUGUUUAACAUUAAAGUUUCACUGCAGUUUAUAAACGGGACUAAACUAUAGCAGCAGUUAACACAGUAAGUUCUAACACUAAUUUAAAUAACAUAGCAAUAUAAAACAAACCUAUUGCUAGAUUAGGUUUCAAGAGAAUAUCACAUUGGACCAGUGCAAAACCAGGCAAGGUUCAAAAUGCAUAAACAUCGCUGUAUAAAUAUGCAGAGAUAAAUAAAGGAAGAAACAACAUUUUUGAAGCUUAGCAUAAAUGUUUGAUCUUUAACAAUGUGUACAAUAAUAAACAACUAAUUGUCAUUCUAAAAUUUCACAAUAUUUUAUUUUUUUAAGAAGCCAUUAAUUUUAAAAAGAGAAGAUCUUUGGAAAUAAAGUGAAUAAUAACUAAAUUGAAUGUUUUUCUUAUAUAAGCUAUAUUAAUAAUAAAUUAAAUCUAUGCUAAACUGUUCAAUAUAUUAAUAAAAAAAAUUUUCUGAGCAGCUUCUUAGAAGUAGAUGAAUUGGAACAUGCGUAAAUGGUUGGUUAUGUCAGUUGUAUUAAUUAUUUGUAUAAAUCUUGGAAUUUUAGGGAAUUUAUUAGUCAUUAAUGUUGCUUACCUACCCUAAACAGUCUUUUCUCUUAAUUUUUAAUACAUAUAUGUCUCAGAGGGUGCUAAUGUAGUUACAUGAAAAUUUAUAAACAUAUUUGCAAAAAUAUUUAAGACUACAUACAGUAAUUUCCAAGAGUAGGUGCACUUACGGGAGAAACAAAAUUCAAAAAUGGUUAUUUUGAUUACUUAUCUGCAAAAAUGUAUAAAAGUAUUUUAAACCACUUAUUUCCUUGACAUAUCACAAAGUUGUUAGAUAACAUUAUCAAACUAAAUAAGAGAAGCUCAAUAAAAUAAUUUUCAGACUUUUAUUUCAAUAUUUUCAGUUGGAAAUUGAAUCAGUAUUGUCUAUGGUCAAGCAAAACAUACAAUUACAAAUAAAAUACACUGUUCAAUACCUACCAACACUAGUUGUUUUCAAUCACAUUUUCUAAUCAUUAGUUGGAGUACACCACAACACCACAGAUGACCACACUUGUCAAUAUUUUAACGAACCCCCAAAAUUUUAAUAAAUUCAGUUACUGUCUGCUUA